AUGCGGAACGGACGGACUCACUUGAUGAAGAGAAGGCGAUCUUGAAAGUGAUGGGGGAGACCUGUCAAAAGAGCUUUUGCGAGGGGAAGUUUUGCGUGCGCAUGCAUGCUCCUCCCACCCGCAAACCUACAGAGCUACUUGUACCCCCCCAGCAGGACUGCUCGCGUGCUCCGUUCGCCUUCUAUCGUUUGCAGUGGCGGGCUGAGCUGGACUUGCGACCUUGAUUUCCGGGUUGCGAAGGGCUUGUGCAGCUGCUUGGAUCGCUCGCUCUCGGUGCCAAACGCACCUGCGUAACCCCAGCUCCGCGGAGAGGAGGAGCCAAAGUGCUCCGCCCGGACGGAGCGCAGGCGCUGGUACGCUUUAACAGAGAAAAGGGGGGCAGCAGCCACACUGAUUACAAACAUGUGCCACACACAGCGUCCGCCACCUGCUUUGCCACUUGCCGUGCGUGGCGAUCGAGAAGCGCAAGACUUUGUCGGGGGGAGGAGCAGCGCACGGUAAGCAGUAUGUUUCUGAUCAAGCAGACAGCGAGCGGAGCCCUCAAGUCGCACCCACCGUCCAACACUCUCGCCCUCUUCUUACGAAUUGCUCCCUCCAGUGAAGUCGCGACUGGAUCGGUGCACGCGCGCACACGCUUCAAGCACCUGACUUGGCGCACUAAUCAUGCAUGCGACCGGGCCUUUUGCUUCCAACGUUGCGAAGAGCGGUAAGCCAGAUGAAGGGCCUCUUCUCUUCUCCUCCUCGCGAGCAAGACGCACGGCGGCCGAGAGGUACGAAAUGCCAAAGUGGGGGAAAAGCGCAGCGCGUUGAGCAAGUUUGGCCCGCGCGGAGACCAAUCGUAAACACAAAACGCCCAGGCGUUUGAACGGCUCCGUGGGGCGUUCGCAGCAUGGUGGCGUUGCCUGAACAUCUUGCACAUUCGGCAGGCAGGCAGGCAGGCAGCGAGCGCAGCAGGGGCCUUGCAAGAUGGGUCAUUGACGCGCGCGCGCAGGAAGUUGUGGCGGCUAGGUCCAAAGUGGCGCUUGACUAGUGGCCAGUCAGCCUUGCCCACUCUUGCCGCUAAUGCUGAGGUGAUGCUUGGGCGUCGCCAGGAUAUUGGCUGGGACGACAGCUUGGAGACAUGGUCAGCAGGAGCGGCGAAAGCCAAGUGCCGAUAUGCGGAGUGGGGCAGUCAAGACGAGCGCAGAUAUUGCGGGCCUGCUCGACUUGCC